AUGAGGUCUCUCCUCAUCUCCUGCCUUUUCCUGGCCCCCAUCCUCGCAGUACCAGCACCUUACAUCGUCACAAGUUACGUCGAAGUAUCCGUAUACACCUACGUCGAAGCCGAAACCCUUCUCAGCACCACCUACAGCGCCAAAGUCGAAACACUCACCCAUGGCGUCGUUCCAAAUGCGACUCCCGUCACAAAUGCUAUUGAAACAGUUACUGACACAUCCGCCUAUGCACACGUUACCAUUGUCGAAGUAGUUCUUCCACCCGGUAGCGGUUCCCGACCAACUUCUACCUACGAUUACUAUGCGACAACCACUGAUGUCCGAACCAGCUUCGUGGUUCCGAUAACCUACAUUCCAUAUCCCAGUUGUGUGGGCACCGCUCAGAACUGGACUUAUGUAACCAACGUUCCGAUCUCCAUCCCCACGAUCGUCGCAAAUGUUAUUGCGCCUUCGGUCCUCACCACUUCGGUUUCAAAAUAUACAUACUACGAUGAUAGCGUGAGCGUCAAAACAUACAUCAACGCCAUUCUCAACCCCACUGAUGUGGCUGCCGAUACGUUAGCCAGCGCUUCCGCAAACUACGAACCCUACUCUAUGAGUUACUGCUACACCCCCACCACAACAUGUACCACCAUCCUCUCAACCGUAACCUGUACACCCACAUGGCGAUAUCCCAGCUACGACUCCUCGAGCGGCGACAGCAGCUCUUCAUACUACGAUUCGUACACCUGCGACUACUAUUGGUGCGGCAACAACGCGAUUAUGCUCAUCGCCAUCUGUGUACCCGUCGGAUGGGUCGUACUCUGGCUCCUCGUUGGACUUUUGGAAUCGUGGCUUUCGUUUAAAGGCAUUAUGUUGGGGAUGAAUCGGAAACGAGGAGUCCCGUAUGCCUGGUGUUGUAUAUCGAUGUUUUUUCUCUGUUGUACGGGACCCACGUAUAAAGCGAAGAGUGUGGAGGAACAGGAACGCUUGAAGACGCAGUGGAAAGAGAUGGGUGCGGGCAAGAAGUUGGCGCUGUGGUUGAAGUGGGGGUUUAGGUGGAAGUAUCCGGAUAUGUUGGGGGAGGAACCGGAGAAGAAUAAGAGGGCUUUUAGAGAGGGGUGUUUGUAG